CCAGAAGGCGGCGCGGUGUGGUAUUAUCUUUUUCACUUAUACCCCAUGACAGAUAAGAGGAUGGAGGCAGGUAGGAGCAGGAAUUGAAAUAAGAGUUGGUGAAAUGGGGGAGUCCAUGAAACGUGCCUUUAUGGCUAGAUAUGAAAAUCAUAUCACUGCCUUAUCGGAUUAUCUUGAAGAUCUUCCAGACACAGAUGAACCUUUCUGGAUUCUGGGACGGAGGUAUCACAUAAAGUCAGAAAGACCAGCGUUGCUUUUGGAUAUUAGUUCUCGUCUUUGGUUUACCUAUAGAAAGAAGUUCUCUCCCAUUGGAGGAACUGGUCCUUCGUCUGAUGCUGGAUGGGGCUGCAUGCUACGGUGUGGACAGAUGAUUCUUGCACAGACCUUGGUAUGCUGUCAUUUAGGACGAGCUCAAAUGGGUGUUGGAGAAGGGAAAUCUGUAGGCGAGUGGUUUGGACCAAAUACUGUUGCACAAGUACUGAAAAAACUUGCCUUAUUUGAUGAGUGGAAUACGUUAGCUGUGUAUGUUUCCAUGGAUAACACAAUAGUCAUUGAAGAUAUCAAGAAACUGUGUAAGAUUCAUCACAAAAACAAAAAUUCAACAACAGAUACCUCUGCCCAGGCUGGAGCAUUUUCAUAUAACCAUAUCCAUCUGCAUAAAAGUAGAACUGGGAGGAGUCAUGCAGCAUCAGGGUAUCACAGUAUCUGGAAGCCACUUUUACUCUUAGUACCUCUUCGUUUGGGAAUAAACCACAUCAAUCCCGUUUACAUCGAGUCUUUAAAAGAGUGUUUCAAAAUGCCACAGUCUUUGGGUGUUUUAGGAGGAAAGCCUAACAAUGCAUACUAUUUCAUAGGAUUUGUUGGUGAUGAACUCAUUUAUUUGGAUCCACAUAGCACACAGAGUGCAAUAGACCCAGAAAGUAGUAAAGUGGUUGAUGAUGUGAGUUAUCACUGCCAGCGAAUCCCACAGCGUAUGAAGAUCGUGAACUUGGACCCUUCUGUAGCCCUGGGAUUUUUUUGUAAAGAUGAAAAAGAGUUUGAUUGCUGGUGCAGUUUUGUACAUAAGGACAUUUUAAAGAAGCCAAGUUUUCGAAUGUUUGAAUUAGUACAGAAGCAUCCAGAACAUUGGCCUCCUUUUGUACCUCCAACAAAACCAGAAGUGUCUACUACAGGAGCAGAAUUUGUUGAAUCUGCUGACAAGCUAUUUGAAUCUGAAGAAGAAUUUGAAAUUCUGAAUGCAUGAAAUUAAGUAUUGCUGCCUUGCUUCUGGCUGUUUACAUCAGCAGAGUUUCAUGAACGGUUUUGAACUGUAUCAGUCUGUUUAGCUAUGAAGUGACUGGAUCAGAAGAAGAAAACUAGCAUAAAAAUAUGCAGCAACAAUCUGAUGUGAUAGUUUUUCAUGUAUCUGCAUGCAAGAUAGACAAAAUACAACUAAAUGGAAAUGCAAAAGAAAAAGUUACUGUCACAUUUUUAGCAUUUUUUUUCUUUUUGGAACAAAAGAAAAACAUCAAAGACCCAAGUUCAAAUUCAGCAGAAGUGUUGAAAUGUCGGAUUGUUGUAAUAGGGUGAAAGUCAGUUGGAUUAGUCUUCAUGAAUGUUGAGUUAAAAUGCAAUAAGAAAAAUGUGUGCUCUUUGCCAAACCAGCAGCAAAGUUUUAACGUGAAUAGUGUUGUGUUCUGUUCUGUACUUCUGUGUUACUAGAAUGUUUGUACUUCCACAGUUUUUUUUUCUUCCCAUUUAUUCAUUUAAACCACUUUUUAUGGUACUUUUAAAGGGCUAAAUGUAUUAUAAAUGUAUCUUUAUUUAUGUAAAAUAUGUAUCUUUGUAAAUAUUGUAUGAAAAAAUGUAAAAUAUGCAUUUUUUUCUCAUGUUCACUUUUACAGUGCCAGCUUAUUUAUAAACCCAUUUAUCAGUGUCAGAUUUAUAGCCACAGUAAGAAGUAGCCCAAGAAACCUCUCCUUCAGGUAUACAUUUUCAGAAAUCAUUAGUGCUACAGAAAUUACAUUUCUGGAAGCUAAUCUUACAACUUAACUGUACCUACAGUUCUUCAGGUGGGACUUUAAUUUGUUGCUGAGACGUGGCAUAUUUAUAAUGCAUUUCCUUAUUGUUUACAUGUAGUUACUGUGCUUGGCAGGCUACAUGUUACAGAAACAAUUUUUUGUUAGAUCUCCUGACUGAAGCACAGAAACAGAAUGAAAUUAGUCCCACAUUCUUCAUUUUUAACGGUCAAGAAUUAUGUCUUAAAAUGUUUACUCACAUGACAUGUGGUACAUCUGCAGGGAAACCAGAGUUAAGCAUUUAAAUUUAAACAGUAAGGUGUAAUACAGUAGACUCAGAAGAUAUAAUUAACACCAGCAGAACCAAGAAAAACGAGUCCAGGAAAGGAACACUGAACCAGGAUAAAUAGACACUUUAUUGAAUUUCAGCA